CCCAUCAUUCCUUGCGCACGUUCUCUUUCGGCCGCCAUCAUGGCACUCGUUAUUCCAGAAAAGUUUCAGCAUAUUCUUCGUGUGCUCAACACUAACAUUGAUGGAAAGCAAAAAAUUAUGUUUGCCAUGACGGCAAUCAAGGGUGUUGGUCGGCGAUAUGCCAAUCUUGUUUGCAAGAAGGCAGAUAUAGAUAUGAACAAACGUGCUGGUGAGCUGACUGAGGAUGAGGUGGAGAGAGUUGUCACCAUUAUGCAAAAUCCUCGUCAGUACAAGAUUCCUGAUUGGUUCCUCAACAGAAGAAAGGAUCACAAGGAUGGAAAGUUCUCUCAGUUACUGUCAAACUCCCUUGAUAAYAAGCUUCGUGAAGAUCUUGAGAGACUAAAGAAGAUCAGAGCUCAUCGUGGCUUGAGACAUUACUGGGGUCUAAGAGUGCGUGGUCAACAUACCAAGACAACAGGCCGUAAAGGACGCACUGUAGGUGUGGCCAAGAAGAAGGGAGGCUAAAAUUAAUUGUUCUAAUAAUAAAGCCAAGCAUAUCUGAA